AUGUCGGCUUUUCGUCCUCUCAUUUUGGUGGGAAAACGCCUCCGCCACGUGAAGACACGGCUAACUUCUGGAUAUCGUGAUUUGGAAGCAAUGGAUGCAGAAAUCGUGAAAAAGACGACGCAACUGAAGUCUCUUAAAGAAAAACUUAAAUCCGUUGAGGCUCGGCUUGCCGAGAUGGGUGCAACCGAAUCAAGAUGCUUGGAGUUGGAACGACGACUGCAAGAAAAAGAUCAAGAAUUACGACAGUUGCAGCAAACCGAGCGUCACGUGACGCGAACCAAACUUCCUGGCUCGAUGCACGGUCCGUCCAGUUCCGACUCCGAUUUGGCACGCGUAUUGGAAGAAACCAAAGCCGCUUUGGCCGCUUCACGGCGCGAUUCCAAGCGGCUCAAACGACGUACCACGCGGGAACUGAGCGAAUUGGAGCGGAUCGCAGAGGAACAGUGUCAACGCGCGGGAGAACUGACAGAACAGUUGGCUCUGGUCAAGCGCCAGUACGCACAGCUGAAAGGACAGGUUGCUUCACAGACCGAAUUAAACGAACACGGUCGACGUUUGGAAGCUGCACUGGCAGCUGUUCGAGCGGAAUUGGAACAGAAUUUACGGGACGAAGAGGAAGCUCUAUUCCAACUGGACCCGACUACAGCACAGACCUUGUAUGGUCAUCAGGGACGGAAUGCAACUGAUCAGGAAACUCAGUUCGCACAUUCGGAUCAGACUACAUCUGAUUUGCAUCGUUCGUUGCUCAUACUCACCAACUCAUUUCACGAUCUAUGUCACCCAUCAACGCAACAACAACACUCCAAGUCCCUAUUGACAAUAAACGAUUUCACGCGUUCUACUCCUGGACUUUAUCGUCCCGCCGCGAACUCGGCUUCUGCCGAGGCCCCUCCGGUCAGCCCAUAUCCUGGCGUGUCCUGUGCUGUGGUCGAACCGGGUGAAAGUACCGUAGGCACGUGUCGUACGGGGAACACGACAGCUACUUCCGGCCUGGGAUCCAGCUUGAAUCCGACUGCGAGUAACGCAGAUCUCGGUGUACGACCAUCGGUAUCGGAUCAGUUCGGAGAUAGCACAACUGGAAAUAAAACGCAAGAACUGGUUACCCGAAAUAACGGGGUUAAAGAUAAAAUUAUCGACCGGGUCUGCAAACAACGUGAGCACAACGCCGCUGAAUGGGAACAGUCCCAUGCACAAUUUCGUGCUAUUCGUGAUCAGGUAGAUCGUGUUCGUGGUCAACUGGACGGAACAAAUGGCUCCGGCCGAAUGACAUCUAAUCCACGAGGUUCACGCCAGAGAUAG